UUCCUCGGCCAUUGAUUGAGCUCCAUAUCAAACUGCUGCGGAAGAUCGGCAAGUCGGUCACACCAGACAGAUGGGAGAAGUAUCUUGUAAAGGUGUGCCAAGAAUUUAACAGCACCUGGGCAUGGGAAAUGGAGAGAAAAAGCUACCUAGAAAUGACGGUAGCUUGCAAGACUGGCAUUUUAAAGUACUUGUGCGAGUGCCAGUUUGAUGACAAUCUCAAGUUUAAGACAUUAAUCAAUGAGGAAGACCCGGAUAAGAUGCGUCUACAGCCCAUCGGCAGAGACCAGGAAGGUCUUCUCUACUGGUUCCAGUUAGACCAAGAUCAGAAUAUACGUGUUUAUUCUGAGGAACAGGAUGAUUUGGAUGGGUCCUCAUGGAAAUGCAUUGUGAGGACUAGGAAUGAUCUUGCAGACACA